CUCCCCUCCUGUGUGGGCCAAGAUUAGGGCUCAUUAAGCAGCUGUAGUUUUCAACUGACCUUGCAGAUGGCAAAGCUGUAGUUCCCACUCACUCCUUGCAGUGAGCAGAGCCAGGGGAGCAGCAGCUGCCACCCAGUGAUAUGAAACUGGAUUGGCAAGGACACUCCUGAGGAGAAGAGCAUGCUGGAGAGAGAUAUCACCUAAGGCACAGAGCAACAGCUGAGGGCUAAAUGGAUGAGUUUUCCCUAGGACAGGAGUACGUCUGCACUAACUGAACCAGCGGCUAGGAAGGCAUGGCAGGAGUGUGGGCUGCUCUUCAAGCACUCUGGCUGGGGGCAGCAUUCUGGCAGGUUCAAGGUUCAAGGUCCCGUUCUGAGGAGUUUGCACCCUACAUCACUGAUCAUCCAACAGACCUGGUGGUGCAGUGGGACCAGCCUGCCACCCUGAACUGCCGUGCGGAAGGGAAUCCAAAGCCAACAAUAGAGUGGUACCGCAAUGGGGAGUAUGUGAAAACAAAUAAAGAUGAGCUUUCUUACCAGCGCAGUCUUCUGCCUGGUGGGUCUCUCUUCUUUUACCGCCUCAACCAGCAGAAAGGCCAGUCAGAUGAAGGAAUAUACAGUUGUGUAGCAAAGAACUACUUGGGUGUAGCCACUAGUAAAAAUGCAUCACUCUACAUUGCUGCUCUGCAGGAUGACUUUCAGCUGCAUCCCAGUGACCUGGUGGUGGCAGUGGGGGAGCAAGUGCGGUUGGAAUGUGCACCUCCAAGGGGACAUCCUGAGCCCACAGUGUCCUGGAAGAAGGAUGGAGUGCCUAUAAACCAGGAAAGCAGUCAUCAUGAAAUCUCCAGUGGGAGGCUCCUGGUAGCUCAUGCCCAAAAAAGUGACUCAGGAGUGUAUGUCUGCGUGGCUUUCAACCAAGUGGGCAAGCGAGAAAGCAAGGUGGCUCUUGUCUCUGUCCUGGAGAAACCAACAUUCACUCAAAGACCCACCGAUGUUGUGGCCAAAUUUGGCAGCAGUGUCCAGUUUACAUGUGGCGUUCAUGGCGACCCACUGCCUAAGGUGUGGUGGCACAAGGAACAUGGGAAGCUGCCCGUGGCCAGGCACGAGGUAGAUGAGGAGCACACUUUGUGGAUCUAUUAUGUCACAGCACUUGAUUCAGGCAGGUAUAUCUGCACAGCCCAGAACCAGGUGGGAACCACUUUGGCCUGGGCCUCACUCUCUGUGCAAGAGCCUGAUUCUGCAGACACAGGACAGCAUCCUUGUUCAGAGAAGCAGGGAUACGAGCAAGUGGAGAAGAUGGAGAGGGUCCAGAGGUUGCCAACAGACAUGAUAAAGGGGUUGGAAGGAAAGCUGCAUGAGGACAAGUUAAGAGGCCCCCUGGACACAGGCCAGAGGGAGGAUGUCCCACAUGAGCUAUCAGGCAUCUAUCUGCACCUGGAUAAUAGCACAGUGCUCCCUGCCUCCUCUGCUGUCCACCUGCACUGGAAGGUGAUCAGCUCAUCCCAGCACCCUGAGGGUUUCACUGUGCUUUACCGCUCUCUGCAUCCAGUAAAGAUGAACUGGGCUGAACUGAAGGUACCCAAAGAACACAGCAUCAUCAUCCCAGCACUGCGGAGAGGCUACAAGUAUGAGUUUAAGGUUCGGCCCUACACUGGAAAGGUCCACGGCUUGGACAGCAACAGCAAGCAGCUCUGUAUCCCAGAGGAAGUGCCAAGUGCAGCUCCGCAACAUGUAACCAUCACAAGAGGCAAUGAUGAGAAUGGCACAGUCGUCAUCAGCUGGGACCCUCCUCCUCAUGACGCACACAAUGGCAUCAUUAAGGGCUACAAGGUCUGGUAUUUGGGGAAUGAAACUCACCAUCACUCUAACAGUACAGUGGAUGGAGGUACACACCGUCUGGAGACAGCUGUCCUGGCUACAGGGAUUAAGUACUGCAUCAAGGUGGCAGCUUUCAAUGGAGCAGGGAUCGGGGUGCCCAGCAACUCCACCUGCAGCAUCAUAGAGCCCCUGCUAGGAAAGAUGACAAAGGCCCCAGAGGUGCUCUCCUUCAUCCACAUCUUGGGUGUAGUCCGACAACCUGCCUUCAUCGCUGGUAUGGGCUCCGUGCUCUGGAUCGUGCUGAUGGUCCUGGCCAUUUACCUGUGCCAGCACCACAGCAGACAGUACAACCAAGGACAGCAGCACGUCUUGGGCAGAGGGAUGUACCGAUAUGGCAGUGAAGAUACCGUCAUUCAGCAAAGGACAAACACCAGUGACUCCCCAUGGCUUUCAGACACCUGGAAAUCCACAUUGUACUCCAAGAACUUCAGUACCUGUAGUAGCCUGAGCAGCCAGCUCCUGUGGGCUGAAACCAAGGACAGGCUGGACUUCCACCACUCUACCAUGUCCUUUGACCACCAGAGCCACAGCUCCCAGCUCCCACUAACACCUGACAACAGUAGUUUGCACAAAGCAGUUUAUGUUGACCUUCCUGCUAGAGACAUGAAAACCUUUCACUACCCCAUGCUGCCCAGCCUCCUUGAGCCUCAACACAGAAGACCUACUGAACACUGGCCUGUGCCCUGUCUUAACCCAGGCCUCAGUCUAGAGAGCACUUGUGUGAGGGGAGCCAUUAGGAAAGGGCCAUGGCAGCCAGUGAGCUCUGUGCCCUCCCAUCUUGCGCUCCAGGGUCCUUGGAAGAGCUGCAGCAAGUGGGAGCUUCAGCAGGUACACAGCACCCCUUUGCUUCCAUCCAGCUUCUCUGCACCCUCAAGUGGCCCUGACAGUACAGACUGUCCCAGCGAUAGAGGACAGAGCCUCACAGGCAAAGGGGAGGACACCAAAGCGCUGAAAACCUUCAGCUCUCCCAAGCUGCUGCAGCACAGCCCCUUGCUGAACAUGAAUGGCAUGCUACCCCUUCCCACAGUGCCUCCCGUUCAGCACAGCCCCCGGGAUCAGGGAUCACAGGAAGAGUGCAGCAACUCUCAGGAGGACAUCCUGUCCCAGCAGCCAGAGAGGGGUUCUCUGCCAAGCUCUGAGGACACCCUGGGGGAGAAACUGCCCUACUACCACCUCUCCACAGCUUCACCCUCACUGUCCCUCAGUGAGGACAGAGAUGCUGUGCUGACACCAGACCAGGUGGCUCAGUACCUAGAGCUCAGUGAGGAGGAUGAGUGUCAAAGGCCCCAGCAGGAGAGCACCUCUUCUAUCACAUGUGCCCUCUCCCCCCCGCACACUUAUGGAUACAUCUGUAGCCUGCUGCCUUCAGACCUGGGGGAUGCAGAUCCUGCUGACGAGAUGGAAGAUGACCCCAACAUAGAGGGAGGAGACUGCCACACCACGCACUUCUUCCAGCGGUAUUGCCAGACACCCUCCUCCAGCCCCAGUGAGGCUGAAGCUGAGGGCUCACUGGGUGGCUCCCUGCUCAAUGGCUGGGGCUCAGUCUCAGAGGAGAACUUUACCAGCACACGCUGCAGCCUGGUCAGCUCCUCAGAUGGCUCCUUCCUCAUGGAUGCCAACUUUGCUCAGGCAUUGACUGUGGCAGUGGACAGCUUCUGUUGUGGGCUGAGUCAGCCAGAGGUUGAGCAGGCUUACUCAGACUUCUUGCCACCUACCUCCCUUCUGGAUGGGCUCCUUUACCCCCCUGAGUCCCAAGAGGUCACAGCAAGACUUGGAGCAGAGCCCCUGUCUGUGUGGAGCUGGACCAACAACUGGAUGGAAGACAUGGAAACCAAAUUUGCCCAGCAGGCCCAGAGGAAACAUACCACUGUGACAGCAGAGGAAGGGAAGGCAGUGCUAGGUACCCACGUGUCUGAGUCCAGCAGCCCCUGGGAAGGAACAGGCCGUGAGCACCAGGACCCCAGCCCUGCUGCCUGCAGUGACAUGCCAAGCAACUUGGCAUUGCAAUGGAAGGGGGAGAAAAGCAGAGUUGUGAUGCUGCCAGUGGACAUCACACAGUCACUGGUCAAGGUGUAAGAGAGCUGUUCUGUUCCAGGCAGGCACCUAUGUAUGCUCUGUCUGUAACUCCACGGAGACUCCGGACAGAGAUGGGAAGUGGGUGAGUUGCAGUUGGCCUAGGGGCUCACUCUUACCUAAUAGCAUUCCCCACUCCAGUCCCCCCCUAGAAGGCCUCCUUCCCUGCAAGCUGAACCCCUCAUGAAAAGACUUCAAAGAUUCUCCUGAACUGCAGCACUCCAGUCUCCCAGGCAAGUGAUUUUACCAGCUCUUGCCAGAGCCCACAGCUACAAGAGAGGAGCAUUCAGCAUCAGAGGUGGAACAGGCAGGAGCUGGCAGCUCUUGUCAGAGGUCAGAGGCCUCUCCAGAACUCCCUACAGGCCCAGUGGGAUAUCAUACCAUCUUAGUCUAUUGCACAUCUAAUAUCUGGAGUGGGUGGCCUUGUUUUCUCAUUGGAUUCCGUGAUCUCUGGUAGGAAUCCUGCUUCCCUUUCAUUGGCUGGUGUUCCAUGUCUACUGGAUCUAUCUGGGACAUCUAAACAGGAUUCCUCUUCUAGGCUUUGGAUUCUAAAUUGUUGCUCUGGGACCCUGCCUGGAGCAUCCAACAGAAUGGGGCUGUCUUAUGCCACAAAAAGAGACCAGUAGUUUGGGAACCCCUCCAGCUGUUGUUGAUUUACAGUGUCCUUCAUGUGCAUGACUUGUUACUCCCAUGGCCCAUACUGGGAGGCCUGCAGAGCUGCUCAUCCAGCUGGUACUCAUGGAGUCCUCCUUUCAAUGCCAAUUUGGUUUGUGAUGGAGUUUGGUUGAAUUGCUGCCUUUGGUGUUACGUUCUAGAUGCUUUGCAGGGUCAGUCUAUUUGUAGCUUUUCAAGCUUCCUGUAAUGGUUUUCUUGAGGCUUUUACUGAUCUGGCCUGAUUGCCCACUACUAAUAUGUCUAUGCCCUUAUUUCUGUAAAUAAAGAGCUCCUGCUUCAGA